CGCAGUGGCUGACGGGAGACUCUUGCUGUGCUGGAGACAUUUUGGAUUUAAAGGGGCUGAGCUAGCCGUCAGUCCCAGCUCUCGGUUUCCCUGAGCUACAUAAAAGAUGUCGACCAUGGUGUAUCCACGGGAAGAGAAGCUUGAGAAGCUCUCUCAGGAGGAGAUCAUCUCCAACACGAAGCUGGUGAUCCAGGGUCUGGAGGCCCUGAAGAACGAGCACAACUCCAUCCUCCACAGCCUCCUGGAGACCAUCAAGUGCCUAAAGAAGGAUGAAGAGGCCAACCUGGUGCACGAGAAGUCCAACCUGCUCCGCAAGUCAGUGGAGAUGAUUGAACUGGGCCUGGGAGAAGCGCAGGUGAUGAUGGCCCUGUCCAACCACCUGAACGCGGUGGAGUCUGAGAAGCAGAAGCUGCGUGCGCAGGUGAGGAGGCUUUGCCAGGAAAACCAGUGGCUGCGGGACGAGCUGGCUAACACCCAGCAGAAGCUGCAGAAGAGUGAGCAAAAUGUGGCCCAGUUGGAGGAGGAGAAGAAACACCUGGAGUUCAUGAACCAGCUCAAAAAAUACGAUGAAGAUGUCUCACCCACUCAGGAGGAAAAGGACAGAGAAACACCGAAGGACUCCCUGGAUGACCUCUUCCCCAAUGAUGAGGAGGAGCAUGGCCAAGGAAUGCAGCACCAACACAACAGUGCGGCCGUGGCUGCAGCCCAGCAGGGAGGCUACGAGAUCCCAGCUCGUCUGAGAACCCUGCACAACCUGGUGAUCCAGUAUGCCUCCCAGGGCAGGUACGAGGUAGCCGUGCCCCUGUGCAAGCAAGCUUUGGAGGACCUGGAGAAAACCUCUGGACACGACCACCCUGACGUGGCCACCAUGCUCAACAUCCUGGCCUUGGUCUAUAGGGAUCAGAACAAAUACAAAGAGGCCGCCCAUCUGCUCAACGAUGCUCUGUCCAUCCGGGAGAAAACCCUGGGCAAAGACCAUCCUGCUGUUGCUGCAACGCUGAACAACUUGGCCGUGCUGUAUGGAAAGAGAGGGAAGUACAAGGAGGCUGAGCCUCUGUGUAAGAGAGCUCUGGAGAUCAGAGAAAAGGUCCUGGGGAAGGACCACCCAGAUGUGGCCAAACAGCUGAACAACCUUGCUCUGCUGUGCCAGAAUCAGGGCAAGUAUGAGGAGGUGGAGUACUACUACUGCCGUGCUCUGGAGAUCUACGAGUGCAGGCUGGGCCCAGAUGAUCCCAAUGUGGCCAAAACCAAGAACAACCUGGCAUCCUGCUUUCUCAAACAGGGAAAAUACAAGGAGGCUGAGAUUCUGUACAAAGAGAUUCUGACUCGUGCUCAUGAGAAAGAGUUUGGAUCUGUUGAUGCUGAAAACAAGCCCAUCUGGAUGCAUGCAGAGGAGAGAGAGGAGAUGAGCAAGGGCAAGCACAGAGACAACACGCCAUAUGGAGAGUACGGAGGCUGGUACAAGGCCUGCAAAGUCAACAGCCCUACAGUGAACACCACUCUGAGGAACCUGGGGGCUCUGUACCGCCGACAGGGCAAGCUAGAGGCUGCUGAGACCCUCGAGGAGUGCGCCGUGAGGUCUCGCAAGCAGAGCAACACAGGCAUCGACCCCAUCCACCAGACACGUGUGGUGGAGAUCCUGAAGGACGGAGAGGGCGACAGGCGGAGGAGCCGGGACAGCCUGACCAGCGUUAAGUAUGAGAGCGGCUCUGAGACCGGCGAGGAAGUGAGUAUGGGCGUGGAGUGGAACGGGGCCUAAGCCAUCAAGAUUAUUCCUCCAUCCUUCUCUCCUCCCCCAACACAAUAGCAAAAGGAUGUGUGUUGUCGUUCCCUCUGGCCUUCUCUGUCCCAACAAAAACGAACAGCUCCUCUACCAUUCCCGGUGCCCCCGCUCCCCCCCACACACACACUCGGCAGAGAAAGCCCCCCUUCUCUCCUGGGUUGCCCACCUCUGUCCCCCACUGCUCAACUUGACAACUGCUGGGACGUUUGGUCUUCUCAUCUCUGCUCUCCGCAUUUUCCUGAUUUCCUCUCUCUCUUUCUGUCACACUCUCUCUCUAUAUCCUUUCCUCUCACUAACCCUACGUCCGGACUUCGCCUCUUUCUCUCACUUAACAUUUAAAAAAAAAAAAAAGUCAUCGUGUGUGUAAUCUCUCCCUGUGAGGAAGUCAACCGCACAUUUUUCUCCUGCACCCAUUUGUAAUUUUUCAUAAUGUGCAUAGUAGAUUUAUUUGGCAGGAUAGAAGAGCUGGAAAUGUAAUUUAUUGGAAGAAGGCGAAACAGAAAUGCCGAAAGAUGUGUGAGGAUCGGCAGACUUCACUCCAACCCACAGUCAGAUACGAAGUUACUGUCACUAUUGAGUCAAUAUAUCUUAAGAAAUGAUUUAUUUCCAUCAGUUGCUCUGUAUUGGUCUCUGACUUUGUUUGUUGCCUUGAGCACUCGCAGCCUGUUUCUACAACAAGUUGAAAGUAGACGACCUCAACCCGGUGCCUGUAUUUAGCCGUAUCAGCAUCUUUUGUUUUUUUAAAGAACGUAACAUUUUUUUCGUGUGUUUCCUGUUUUCAACUAACGCCUGAGAUCAAAUGCCUGAACUGUUAUGAUAUGGUACUGUAUAGUUUCAUGUGCUGAUCGAAUUAUGUAAUUUCUACGGCCUAGUUGGCGGGAAAUGAGAAGGGAGCAUUGCCUUUUCUUUUUUUUUUUUAUAGAUAUAUUUCCUAUUCAUUUCAAUUUUGUAUGAAUUUGUUUACAUUUUUUUUUUUAAAUGUGCUUAAUUAUUUUGUGGCUGAAUAUUAAGGCGGUAGUAAUUCAACCAUGCCAUAGAUGUUGCCACAGCAAGCUGUUGUUGCCAUGAUGAUUUCAUUUCAAGUAGCUCUUACCGGCUUGAGUGUCCUUGGUUGGGUAGAGCAUUCUCACUGGCUCUUGUAUACAGUAGCUUGCAUUUACAAAGGGAAUUAGCAACAUCGGCUGAUGCUGUGAAGCCAGUAUGACAGCAGAGACCAACCAGAGCAUCUGGCACAGAUAUCGGCCUCCUGAGAAAUUGCAAAAAUAUCAAUAGACAUUAAAAUAAUGGACGUAAAAUGCCCAGAAUUGCCUUUUCGACGUAUCUGUUGGUGUAGGAGUAGAAGCUAGUGUUAUAAUUCAAUGGAAGCCUGGACUCCACAGUAGUAUUAGUGUGUGUUUGUGUAUGUUUUGGUGGUACAGUCACAGUGCCCGCUCUGGAUACUGUAUUUUGAACACGAAGCUUAAUGGAGUGUGUUGCCUUUUUCUUACACAGUUGUUUGCAAGUCAACAUUGUCACUUUGGUGAAUCCUGUUUUUAGACGCCCCAAAGUACAGUGCGAGUGUUUCCACGAGAUCAAACUGUUAUUUCAGAUGUUUAACUAACUGAAUGUAAAUGAAUUUAACAUCUUGGAAGUGUAAUUGUAGGCUGUAUUUCUAGAUUCGACAAGUGCAUUCACUAUACGGCUUUUCAGUAUGCUACUUGCCUUGAUUCUUCAUUCCUUUCAAUGAGUACACCUAUACUUCUAAUGCAACUCUGAACAAAAGAAUUGACUAUGUUCAUCACAUAAUUAUGACAAUAAUGUUGUGUUAGUGGAAUGCUUAUUUAUUGAACUGUCUAUUCUUGACAUAUAUAUAGUGUGACUUAAGUUUCCUAAAGUGGAAGAACAUAAAUGGUAAGGUCUAUAAGCACUAUCUUAGUAAGUAGGACUGCAUUAUAUUUACCAUUCUGCAUUGUGAAGAUUAUUGCAUCAACACUUGUUGGUAUUCUCAAAUAAAGUUUUUCAUUUGUGAA